AUGGAAUUACCUGCAGAUGUAGACUAUCGUGUAUUAGAGACAUAUAGUUUAUUUUAUUGUUCUUUUCUUCGUCAUUUAUUAUAUAAAUUAUAUAAAUUAGAGGAUAUACAAUAUCCACCAAUAAGACCAAACAAAGCAAGAAAAAAUGUUAAGGCUUCUCCUUAUCUAGAGACACACCAACUGCAGCAGCACGUAAGCUGCUUCCAUCUCCUUAAGGCUACUAAGGCACGUCCUGCUGCUUCUCCUGCUGCUGCUGCUGCUCCUCCUCCUCCUGCUGCUCCUGCUGCUAAUGAUGGUAAAGAGGGAGAGGAGGGGGAUGCUGCUGCAGCAGAUGCAGCAAAAAUAAGCAAGAAAAAGAGGCAUGAAAAAGAAAUAGAUACAGAUACACAGGAAGCUACUAGUGCUGGCAGCAGAAGCAGCAGCAGCGAAGAGGAGGAAGAAGAAGAUGUAGAGGAGGAGGAGGAGGAGGAGGAGACAGAGGAAGAAGAAGAUGACGAAGAAGAAGGAGAAGAGGAGGAAGAGACAGACGAAGAAGAAGAGGAAGAGGAAGAGGAAGAGACAGAAGAAGAAGAAGAGGAGGAGGAGACAAAAGGAGGACGUAAGGGGAAAGCAUCUGCUGCUGCAAAGAGUCAAAAGGGCAAGAAAAAGGAGGAGGAGGAGCAGCAGCAAAAGAAGAAGAAGAAGGGAGGUGCAGCAGCAGCAGAAGAAGCAGAAGCAGAAGCAGAUAGCGAAGAGGAGGAGGAAGAAGACGAUGAAGAAGAGACAGAUGAGGAGGAGACAGAUGAGGAGGAGACAGAAGAACAAAAGGAGACAGAAGACGGCGACAAUAAUAAUGCUCAGGAGACUGCUGUAGAAAUCAAGGGCUGCGGCGUGUCGGAGCACCCGGCACAACGCCUCUUCGAGGGUCUUGUCUUCUUCCUAUGCAGGGAGGUCCCCUUGCUGCCUCUUUCCUUUGCAAUUCGUUGCUGCGGAGGCGUCGUGGCUUGGCAGUCUGAAGGAUCUCCUUUUGAAAUAAAUGACUCGCGAAUUACACAUCAAGUUGUAGACAGACCCUUAGAAAGUCUGCAGCAGGCGUGUGGCGGAGGGGAUUUGCCUUCACGGGAGUACAUACAGCCCCAGUGGGUAUUCGACUGCAUUAACACGGCGAUGCUGCUUCCUACAGAGGAUUAUGGCCCCGGCAAGGCCCUGCCUCCUCACCUCUCCCCCUUCGUGGACGACGAGGCAGAGGGUUAUGUGCCACAUCGCCGCGAAGUUUUGAUGAAAAUGCAAAAAGAGCAAAAGCCGGCGGCAGCAGAACAACAAGAAGAAGAAUCCGACGGAGAUGGGGAGCAGCAGCACUACCUCGAGCAGCAGCAGCAGCAGCAGCAGCAGCAGUGCUCCGUCGGCGCCUUCUGGCAAAUCGAGGAGGAGGCGGAGCAGCGCCUGGUCCAUCAGAAGGCAAUCAUGAACAAAAAACACAAGAGGCUUUACGAGCGCAUUGAGUUCGGACGUAAACGCAAAGAGCAGCGAGCAGAGACACUCAAGGCCAAGAGGUUGGCCCUGCAGAAAAAGACGGAAGAGUAA